AUGGCGUUGAAUUUCACCGCCAGAGUACAGCCAAGACUCCCCACUCCACCUCCACUCAAGUCCUACACUUACCUUCUCAAAGGCAAACCUCAAGCUCACCAAAGAGGAAAGUUUUACUCCCAAGUCCCAGCCUUGACACCUCGCCACCUCCUAUUCCGGUACCAGAACGAACCUCGCGUCCACCCUCGGCCCAAAGGAAAACUCCAGGCUCCAAAAGCCGAAGUCACUCCUCUCCUCUCUCUCUCCCUGCCCCGCGCCCACCCAGCCGCGCCGCGCCCCUCUCGCCGCGCCCGGCGCCCACACCCACCCGACCCGCCGCCCGGGCACCGCAGUGCAUUGCAACACGCGCCGACGCCGCCAGCUGGAGAGGACCCCAAAACGCGGAUUUCCAGCUCAGUAGUAGCCCCCCAGCCUGCUCCCCACAACAUCUUUGCAGAGAAGGUGGGAGAGACGGCAACUAGUACUGUCACUUUGGAAAUACAGACGCACGGGACAAAGAGCAUGACUUAUCCAAGUUCACCUACGUUGGUAUGUCACUAUAAAUAAUUGCACAGCUACUCC